GUGGGACAGGCGACCACUGCAGUGCCUUGUGCUGUGGUCCUUUGAGGAGCAAUGACGGAGUAUAAGCUCGUGGUGGUGGGCGCUGGAGGGGUAGGGAAGAGCGCCCUGACCAUCCAGCUCAUCCAGAACCACUUUGUGGAUGAGUACGACCCCACCAUAGAGGACUCCUACCGGAAGCAAGUGGUCAUCGAUGGGGAGACGUGCCUGCUGGACAUCCUGGACACGGCGGGCCAGGAGGAGUACAGCGCCAUGCGGGACCAGUACAUGCGCACUGGGGAGGGCUUCCUUUGUGUGUUUGCCAUCAACAAUGCCAAGUCCUUCGAGGACAUCCACCAGUACAGGGAGCAGAUCAAGCGGGUGAAGGACUCGGACGACGUGCCCAUGGUGCUGGUGGGGAACAAGUGUGACCUGGCCGCGCGCACCGUGGAGUCUCGGCAGGCCCAGGACCUCGCCCGCAGCUACGGCAUCCCCUACAUCGAGACUUCGGCCAAGACGCGCCAGGGCAGCCGCUCUGGCUCUGGCUCCAGCUCCGGGACCCUCUGGGACCCUCCGGGACCCCCGUGACCCAGCAGCCCCUCUCGCUGGCGUGGAGGAUGCCUUCUACACGCUGGUGCGCGAGAUCCGGCAGCACAAGGCGCGCAAGCUGAGCCCGCCUGACGAGGGUGGCCCGGGCUGCCUGAGCUGCAGGUGCCUGCUCUCCUGACAGCGGCAUGGGUGCGGGCUGUGGAGGUGCCGGAUGAGACGCGGGCUGAGGAUGCAGGGAAGGAAGGAAGUGCUGCCAGAGCCUGGCCAGCCCAGGUCGGUGGACAGAGUGACCGCGGGCCUCCCGGGACGCUUUGCACAGACUGUCAUGAACUGACGCCGGCGGGUCCCCAGUUGUCACUCUCUUCUAGCCCCAUCCUGGCCCACGGGGCACAGGCCGAGUCGCAGUAAAUUAUUUCAUGUCUUGA